UAUCUUAACCGAUGAUUUUGUUAUGGUGAUUUUCGUCAAAUCGUCAUUCGUAUUCAGGCAUUUGAAUGAAUUCCAUCAUUCGAAUGAUACCUUUUAAGUUCUCGAGAUAUCUCGAAUUAUUGCAAUAAUUGAAUAACCCAUUGUUUUCAAUUCGAAUUAUUCCAUCACUAUUUCAAGGUUGCCAAAAUGGCAAUUCGUACGGCACUCCCCUAAUAAAUGGCCGUUCAGAUAAUUAUAAAAUUAAUUGUCAAUUCAGAGUUUCAUAUAUGAUAUAUUAUUAAAUGUGCAUAGUGUAUUUCUCCAUAGUUCGAAAAUAGAAUCAAAAUAAUGGAUGACAUUGAAUGGGAUGUAGUUAAUGAAGGUCAACUUUUGGAUGCCAUGGUUGGACACAAACCUGUAGGAUUGAAUAAAUAUUUUCAAAUGGCCUUCAUUUGCGAUAAAUUUACGGACAAUUUGCACAAAGAUAUAAACCCUGACAAAGUAUGGGCUCACUUGGAAACUAUGUACAACCUUGAAGCCCUGGACGAAUGUGAAUCUAUUCCAUUCCCGAACUUGGAAAAAGAUUUUAUACUGCCAGAACAAGAAUUUGGUAACUUAAUAAAUAAGGAGGAUGACGAAAAAAAAUUGACAGCUAAUAAAAGUAGCCUGGAAUUGGCCAAGACAAAUAAAGAACAUAAGAAAGAGGAGAAAGUUACUGUGAGAAAUACAAAAGAGCGCAGUGAUAGUAGAGAAGGAAGAGAUACUAACAGAACUCCUACCUUAACUAAAAAGGAUUUGAAAAAAGAACCAGAGAAAAGUAAUAAAAUUCCUGCUAAAAGAAAUUCAUUAUCUGCUGCUAAAGAGGAUAAAAUUUCAAAAUCCAAGUUAGAGGACACUCCAAAGCUGACAAAGCGACCUACAAGAGGAAGUUUAAAGCCCAAUGAUGAUUCUGGGUCCAGUGGCAAAUCUAGUCCGGUGACAGUAAUAACUCCAAGUACCAAACGGCGACGUAUAUAAAUUCUCUCUCCAAGAAACAGUAUUAUACUAUUCAGUCAGUUUGAAAGCGAGUUCCAUUUUUGGCCCAGUCAGUUAUUAAUUCUAUCAAGAAUUGAAAUGAGCAGCAAUUAAGGAAACACAGGGUAUAUAAUCAGUAGAUACUAAAUUUUAACAGGAAAUUCGGUACCUCUUCAUUUUAAGGUAUGAAAUAUCCACAUAAUGCUCAUGGGAUCAAAUUAGAUUUUGUUGGAAACCUUUGUGUCUUAACCCCUUAGGCUAUUAGGAAUUAUUAUAACAGUAUUGUGGUGCCAUAGAGUAGUAUAGAAAAAAUUUUGUGGCUGUUUGGUAACAUAGGAAUAAUUGUAAAUUAUUUCUAUUUAUACAUUCUUGUCAUACUAAAAUUUGAAUCAACAUUAACUUGAGAAGUUAUUUAAAAAUAUAAUGUCAAAAAUAUAAGGUCAACUGGGGAAAGACAAACAUAUUUCCAUUUUACAUUCGCAUAGGUCUCAAAUUACAGAGAUAAUACCUAUAAUCGCACUCAGUAAGAAGAAUCGUGUACUUGAUUAUGCUGGUUAAGAAUAGAUAUUGGUCUGAUUUAUUGAAACUUUUUACAUUUCCAAUGAUAUUCAUCAAUAUAUAGUUUUUUCAAAACAGGUUAACAUAUUACUGAAAAGUUUCAUUCUUUGUUCAACUCAAACUUUAUAUGAGUGAUGGAAUUGGCCGACACUUGAUGACAAUCUGUAACAUAUUCAAGUAACUUUUGUGAGAUUUUCCCUGUACAGUUUUCAAAACCUCAACUGUCCAGUGAAAAUCUGACAGAGUUACUCAAACUUUAUAGAGAGAAGACCAUAUAAUCGCUAUGAUUCUACCAAAGAUAUUGUUUUAAGUUUAGAUUUUAUACUUCGAUAUUGUUUAUUCAUCUGAUUUUUGGUACUUGACUACUGUAUCAUAAGACUGUAGUUUUCAAAAUUUUAUUUAAAGUAAGAUUAUGCAUUGAAUAAGGUCCUAUAUCAGUGUACAUAAAGUGCCUCUGAAUAAAAUUGUUUUAAACAUUGUGAA